AUGGAGGUUGUUCCCUUGCCUUAUUCUCCAGAUCAGUCGACCAUCUCUCCUUACAAACAAAUCCGACGAAACCCCAAGAGAAACAUCCAGACUACCGCUCCCCGGUCUUCUGAAAACUUUUUACCUGCAAAUCUAAUCUUCAACCACCAGGGUGGAGGAGGUCUGUUUUUGAGAUCUCCGCCGUAUCUGUCUUCGGCGCUUUCGUUUUCUGUCUCGAAUGCACAGAAACAGAAACAACCACAGCCACCUCUCCUUCCACUCCCAAUCAACAAAAAACCUUGCUCAGGAAACAGAGGCCUCUCUUGCUCUCCGACUAACAGGAAGACCAACAAGAACAGAGACCAAGAUCUGACACCAAAGAAACCGAAGCCUUCAUCAGGAAGUACUCCAAAGAAGCAGCAGGAUUCCAAAUCGGUGCCGACGGAAUGUUUAAUAAUCACGUCAACCGAUCGGAUGGGACCGGAGCCCAGUGAUAUUCCGGAGGAAAUCUUGAGGGUUAUGAAACCGCCAUCAGUGGAGGAGAAGUUUUCAGGAUCAGUUUUCUAUCUGUCUCCUCCUCCUAGUAGCUUGCCUUUACCCAAGUUCUCCCUCAGGCCCAAGCUCAGCUGCAAUGCCCAAGCCGGAGGGUUUGAUACUGGGGCGACUGAUAAUCUCCGGCGACUUCUGCGGCUCCAGUGA